AUGAACACAGAUACAGAAGGCACUCCGUUUGAGUGGCAGACCGAUCAGGGUGAUCCUUCAGAGUCUGGACCACAUUUUCCGAAAUGCCCAUCUUCUAUAGUAUUGGAAAAGUUUAUCGGUGCAGUGAUGUCAAAAGCAAAGACGAGGGACGCUAUCUUGUCAGUAGCAAGUGCUCUAGGAAAACAAAUCGCAGCGGUUAGGAUAAAUUCAGGGACCAGGGUCCCCUUUGCUGAUGCAGUCUUGCACACCAUUGCCUUAAGUUUCGAGGAGCACAUGAAAACACGCAUUUCCUCAUUGUCCCCUCUGAUUCAGUCAGGAUCAAUGGAUGGGAUAGGUAGCAAUCAGGUGGUAGCACCUUCAAUUACCGUCUAUGCCUCAUCCCCUAAUGUUAGUCCUGCCAGUACGCUAGUUGCAAUUGAUGAUGGUUCCCGUCCACCUUCGAGACAAGGGGAAGACUCUCCGGACCAAGACCAAUAUCAUGAUGAAGCUUAA